AUGUUCUCACCUCAAAUAUUGCGCGCUAUUGGAUGGCGCACUGUCAAAAAUACAGACUACGAUGGCGCAGUCCUUGUUGGAGGUUUGGAAAAUGAACUUAGACAUUUUGGGGAUCCGGAUGAAGAACGCGAUUCCUGGUCAUAUCCCGAACCAGUGAAACCAUGUCCAUAUACUCACGAAGGCGCAAGAGCUAUUGCAGCAGAAGAAAAGAAGAAGAAACAAGAAAAGCUCAGAGCCGCUCGCAGAGCCGCAAUCUUAGGAAUCUCUAACUAUGAGAACGAUGCAAACCAUGCCGACAUUGAUGAGGCAGUUGGGAAGUUCGAGGAAGACGAGGAAGAUGGCUGUACAGUCGAGGGGAGUGACGAACCACUUGAAUUCUGCGAUGAUUGGUUUUCAAGACCUUUACCACAAGAACAUGGCACACGUGAAGCAAAAGCUGGUGAUGGCUCGAAGCGUUACAGUCUUCUGCAGGGAGAAAUCAUUGACAAAGAAAAAGAUUUUGAUAGAUGUGGAUGGGAUACAGUAGGAAUGGCGACGGAAUCGAUCCAAGAUUUGGGCGUCCCCACAUAUGAAGAGGAUGCUGAUAGCGAUUUUGAUUCCUAUCUCGGGGAUAGCUUUGUCUCAAUGUUCGAGGAGGAAGCUGCGGUUUCACCAAAUCAAACUUGCAAAGAAGAGUGCUCUUGUGGAUGCAACUCGGAAUUUGUCGAGAUCGACGACACAAACACAAUGCAUAGCUUGAAUGGAGUUGAGAAGACGGGGUCUUCGGCUCGGGCUGUUAUUGCAGCUCAACCGGGGCUUUGGCGAUCAAUGAUUGCUUGCAGACCAUUUGAAAGAGCACGUCGUCCGCAUAUUGUUAUGCCGGGAAGUUGGCAGGCGGUCUAA